CCUAAGCUCUGCUCUCCAUGGUGCUGAAAUAUCGGUUGUGCUCUGCACUGUGUUGAAUUCUGCUCUCACCUCUCCACGUUCCUUAGUAGUCUGCUGCCUGGAUGCUGUAUUGCCUGAUUGUCUCUCCUGAUCCUCAAUGCUCUCUGAGUACUUUGUCUGGUCUAUCAAUGAAUGCUCUGCAUUGCUACCUAGUACUGAAUUAUAUGUACUGAAUACUGGACAUACUAGGGGGAGAGCAGCGACAGCACAGAGAAUGACACACAGAAAUGUGAGUGAUUUUUCCCCUCUAAGUGAAGAAAUCUUUCAGCUGCCUUUUAUUUUCUGGUGACAGGAAUGACAGCAAAUACCCAGAUCAGUGAAUGGAAGAAGUGGAUGGAGGCUGAAGGUAUAAUGUACGUGUUUUGAAACAAAGAAACAGUAUUCAUACCCACGGGAAGCACGAUUGCUGCCAGAGACACCACAGGGAAGCUGUAUUUCUCAGCUAAGGAUGAUCUAGCCUUAUGCAGGAAAAGCAUACAAUGAACACUGCCGGGAGGUAAGUGCUUGCUCUCUAGCAUGAUAUUUUUGAAUACAAGAUGCAGAACAGAGGGUCCUUGUCAAGCAGAUCACUAGACAUCUUAUAUUCUACCAUUAUUUAAACCAGGAUUGAAAGCUCACCCCUUUCUUCUUCAGAACCAGACUGUGUUGUGUUUGCAGGAAACCCACUGCUUCCAGUCUACUGUACCCACUAGACUGAGAUGAUUUAUGGUGGGAUAGUAUGACUCUGUUCCUUGAUCCAGUCCUUAAACAAGGCACUUAAAUUUGGAGGUCACUUGGUAGGCUGGGGUAAUUUGACAUCACAGAUUAGUGAUUCAGCCUUCCUUGGCUUGUCCAUUCGUAGAUCUGUUACAAACCAAUGACUUACCUGCUCUUGCCAAAAUUGAGAACUUCUAAUUACUAUGCCUGCCUCGAAUUCUCUGCAUGUGAACCUCAAUAUCUGAAUGUGGUGCUUGGCUCUUAGAGAAGAGUCCAUAGUUCCUGCCUGGUCUCUUGCAGAAAUACUACCCAUUGAGAAGAUGCUGAUGGCACUGUGAGAGAGAGCAUGGCUGCUGGAAGAUUAUUGCUGUAUGCUGGCCUCUCUCUAGCUCUCUGUGCUCUGGGAAUGCUAGCUGUGGCUAUCUGUUCUGACCACUGGUAUGAGACAGAUGCCAGGAGGCACAGAGAAAGGUGCAAAGGAUUCACCAACAGAAGAAUUGACCCUGGCUUCAUCUAUAAUUCAAACAAUAACCUGCCUCUGAGAGCUAGCAGGUCAAAGCUGGACCGCUGGGAGGGAAAGCUACUUCUAGCCAGAAAUAGGCGCCAGCUAUUUGCCAUGAGUGCUGCGGAUGAGUGCAAUAAACAGUACAACUCCACAAAUAUGGGCCUGUGGAGGAAAUGUCAUCGGCUUGGAUUCGACCAAGAUGUUGAAGAUAUUAUUGCCAAAGGGGACAUUGAGCGCUGCUCAUUUAUAAAAUAUCAUUACUCCUCUGCAACCAUCCCUAAAAACCUCACAUACAACAUUACCAAGACCAUCCGGCAAGACGAAUGGCACGCACUACAUCUACGCAGGAUGACUGCAGGAUUCAUGGGCAUGGCGGUGGCCAUCAUUCUGUUUGGUUGGAUAAUCGGAGUUUUAGGGUGCUGCUGGGAUAGAGGACUAAUGCAGUAUGUUGCCGGUCUUCUCUUUCUCAUGGGAGGCACCUUCUGUAUCAUUUCACUGUGCACCUGUGUGGCAGGGAUCAACUUUGAAUUAUCUCGUUAUCCUCGCUUCCUGUACGGGCUGCCUGAUGACAUUAGCCAUGGCUAUGGAUGGUCCAUGUUCUGUGCCUGGGGGGGCUUAGGCCUGACUUUAAUCUCGGGUUUCUUCUGCACCUUAGCUCCCUCUGUGCAGCCAGUCCUGAGGACCAACUGUCCCAAAACCAGGCCUGAGAAUGGAACAGUGUGCUAAAAACUUACUCUGAACAUAUUAAGAAAGAGACAUGGCAUCAGUCAUGGAACUUAUACGAGGAUUACAAAAUAUCAGUCUUUUAUCAGUUCAUUACAAUGUGGUCAUGUGUAGGGAUGCCACAGUGGGAGUGAUGCUGGUACUAGAUACCCGAUGGUAGCUAAAACAUAACGAUGAUAUCUUUAUACAUGGACAACUUACUGUACCUUGGAUUGUAGAUAAUUUACUGAUCAAUGUUUUUGUUUCUUAACUGGGAGACGAGAGAGGCUUCCGUGUCAGCUAAAAGAAAAACCCUGCUUCCAUCAUUCCCUACCACUUUCAUUUAAUUCUAAACCGAAUAGUUCACACACAUCCAUGUUUCCCCUUCAUACAACUAAACAAGGAUUGACAUAUUUUUAAAUGAAUUGUGACUUUGGAAACAGUCGUGAGAAGUGCAGUUACUGAUACAACAAUAAUUCAAAAUGGCUUCCUUUGAUGCCCCACGACAAGAAGCAGCAAGAAAAAAAGAGAAAACAGAAAACCACAGGGUUUAGCUAACCUAAAAUCUGUUAUACAAAAUAUAUAUAUAUAUGUAUCUGUGUUUUCUUGAAAAGGUUACUGCUGUUUAUCCUCUUUCUCCCCAGCCCCGUAAAAUUGUUCUCUCUGUCAAAAAAAAAUGUUCAGUUUCAAAUACAAGGAUUACACUGAAAGUUUAAAAGGACUCUAGGAAUCCAAUGCAGAUACUACUUGUCUGUGUGUGGCGUUUUUUUCUCAGCUGCCUUAGUUCAGGCCUCAGAACGCAGCCUGGACUGCAAAUGGAAACCCGAAAAAAAGGCCUAACAAAAAAAAAAAAAAAAACUGUGAUCUGUGUGUGUGCCAGUCCUUUUGCAUUAUUAGAAUUCUGAUUUUUAGGAAUUACAAAGUCCAAGCUUCUUUUUAAUGUUGGAUUAUCAGUAUAUAAGCUGUACAUGUCACUUGGACUAAAGAAGGGAGCAUGACAAAUGUUUGGCAAUUAAAACAAGAUGCUGAGUUACAGAGCUCAGGAAUUAAAAUUGGCGGUUGUAAAGGGAAUAAAUGAAAGCUUGUUUGUUUUAUUACAAUUUUUUAAAAA